ACGUCAUCACUAGUGUUACUGAUCAUGAAAAAGUUAAAACACAUGAAAUAACUCUGAAGUAACUAGGCUCAUUUCUGUGUGUACCAUCUACCAAUCCACAAAUCUGUUGAUGCUGUUUUACAGGAAAAGUCUCGUGGCCGACUGGUAAAUAUGGUCUCCCCAUGCCCAAAGCUGGCUGUCCCAAUAAUUGGUUUGACGGCCGAAGAUUUCACGAUGAUACCAAUGCUAAUCUAAUUGACGGCAAAGUGUACGACUCACUCCACUUAGCUGGUUGGGUUAGCAAGGAAGGUAUUGAACAAGACUUCUGUAUCAAGACAAGUAAAGAUAAGUCUCAAGACUGGCCACGAGGAAGAUACUGCAUUUUACAACACGAGGCUUGCCCAGCUGGACUUACUGCCGGGUCAGUUCGCUGGCGUCCAAAGAGUUCUCAUUUCCAAGACUCAAGUGUCAAUGGAAAAAAAUUGAAAGACACAACAGUAAACUACUGUUGUAGUGCCAGAGGUGAACUCAACAAUGCUAUCUCGCUGCCUCUCGACAAACCUUUCUACUUGUACUCCCUGAGUGGCGCCAGAUGCCAACAAGUCAAAGGUGCAACUGUGAAAGAAGAAACGGUUAACUUUGAUAAAAACGCUGGUAGAUAUCAGAUAAACAUGGAGGGAGACAAUCCAUUCCAAAUGGACAAGAAUGGAGCCCAGAUGAAAUUGACCUAUUGUUAUUAUACCCCUGGUCAGCAUGUACCGGAACAUACACUUAAAUCAAACGUCACAGAUGGCGGUACCGUAGCAAUACCAGAAAGUCAGGAAGUUGAGAAAACUCUCUUUACGGGAUCUGAGCUGGACAACAAGACCCAGUCCUCUGGCCUGGCAGUUGCCAUUGGUAUAGGAAUCGCAUGCGCAAUGGUUGGUACAGCGUCCAUUGCUCUGGUGACGAAAAAACUGAUGAGGAAAAAGAAAGAUAAUGAUGACGACGACGAUGACGAGCCGAGACCUGACGAUCCUUGAGAUUUAUAUGUUCGUAAAAAGUAAAGUAUAGGAAAUUAAAAAGUAAAGAACCUUUCUUUAAGUGUCAAGGUAUUUAGCCCUAGCGGACUAAUUAGGGACACUAAACAAGAAUGAAUCUAC